ACCUUUUUAGAAAAGAUUCGUCCCUUUUUCUGCUUAAAGCAUUACUAAUUUGUAUAUUUGGAUAGUUGGAUAAAAUGCAAACGAUUGAUUUUAAACCUCGAUUUUUGAAACCUACAGAGACUUCUAGUUAUUUAGACAGAAGAGAAUCAUCUUUAGUGGAAGCCACUGACUUUGUUUACAACAGAUUUAAUUCACAAACACUCCAAGUUCAAAGACAAAAGUUACCUAUUUUUAAUAAUCGAAGAGACAUUUUGUAUUUACUUGAGAAGCAUCAAGUAUUAGUACUGGUGGGGGAGACUGGAUGCGGAAAAAGCACUCAAAUUCCACAGUAUCUGAUUGAAGCAGAAUGGCCUGCACAAAUAGGGGUGUGCGAACCUAGAAAGGUGGCAGCAAUAUCAUUAGCUAAUCGUGUCGCGGAUGAGAUGGGAACGUUUGUACAGGGCGAUACAGUCGGAUAUGCUGUGCGUUUCGAUGCAUGUACAAACCAGCCAAAGAUAAAGUAUAUGACCGAAGGAAUUCUCCUCAGAGAAAUCAUGGGUGAUCCUCUUUUAAAAAAUUACUCUGUAAUUAUGUUAGAUGAAGUGCAUGAAAGGACCCUAUACACUGAUAUCUUAUUAGGCCUAAUGAAGAAAAUUUUAAAGAAGCGACGAGAGUUAAGAUUAGUUGUAGCUUCAGCAACAGUAGACGCUGAGGAAUUGCAAAAGUUUUUUGAUAGUGGCUCAGAUCAAAAGAAAAAGCAUAACAGUGCAAUUUUAUCUAUUAGGGGUAGGCAAUAUGCUGUAGAUAUUCUAUACUUAAAAGAACCUGCCCCAUGUUAUGUUCAAUCCACUGUGGAUACAGUUUUAAAAAUAAAUUCGUCCGAAGCCCCCGGGGAUAUCUUGGCUUUUUUAACAGGACAAGAAGAGGUAGACAGAGCAGUCAGAAUUUUAAGAGAGCACGCCAGUAUAUUGGAACAAGAGAAAAAGAAAAACAAAAUUGAAAUAUUGCCGAUGUACGGUGCUCUACCUCAUUACGAACAAUUAAAAGUCUUUAGACACGUCUCUGAUGGUUAUAGAAAAGUUAUCAUUGCUACAAAUGUAGCAGAGACUUCUGUUACGAUACCAGGAAUAGUUUAUGUUAUUGAUUGCGGUUUUGUGAAAUUAAAAUGGUUUAAUAAUGAAACUCAUACUGAUAGUCUGGUUGUUAUGCCUGUAAGUAAGGCCUCAGCUAAUCAGAGAGCUGGGCGCGCUGGGAGGGUUAAACAUGGUAAAUGUUACAGAUUGUAUACCGAAGACGAAUUUGCAAAACUUGCCGACUCAACACCCCCAGAAAUGGUUAGAAGCAAUUUGACCUAUGUUGUGUUGCAAUUGAAAGCUUUGGGAAUUAGUAACAUUUUACAAUUCGAUUUUCCGAGUCCGCCUCCAGUCAAAAAUUUAAAAAGUGCAGUAGAAAUUUUGUACGCCUUAAAUACUAUCGAUAUAAAGGGAGAAUUAAUCAACCCUUUGGGUUUUAAUAUGGCGGAGUUUGCUAUUGAUCCUUUGUAUUCAAAAAUACUAUUUAGUUCAGGUGAUUUCGGUUGCUCAGAGGAAAUACUAACAAUAAUUUCAAUGCUGCAAGUUGAAUCAGUUUUUACAAAACCGUCUACUGGAAAUAUGAUUGCAAAGUCAAGGAUACAAAGAAGAAAUUUUGAGGUUGCCGAAGGGGAUUUAAUAACAUACUUGAAUAUAUAUUCAGCGUUUGUUAAAAGUGAAAUGGAUAAAGGAUUUUGCCACAAAAAUUUUAUCAAUUACAAAGCAAUGAAAAGAGUGGCAGAUGUAAGAAGUAAUCUCCAAAAAAUGGCCCUUAACUACAACAUACCACUUAUUUCGUGUCAAGGUAAUACAGAGGCUAUAUGUAAAUGUCUAGUAACUGGGUUAUUUCCUAAUGCAGCCUAUUUACAUUACUCUGGCGUUUAUAAGACAGUUCGAGGAAACAUUGAACUUUAUAUUCACCCUGAUAGUGUUUUAUACACUAUAGAACAACCCCAAUGGUUACUCUUUUGUGAAGUGGUACAAACAACAAAACUCUUUAUGAGGGACUUGACUGUUAUAAAUAGUGACUGGUUAUUAGAGUUGGUUCCACAUUUUUAUCAUAAAACAACUUGUUAUAAUUACUGACUGUUAUUGUAUUAGAAAAAUUGAAU